AUGGAAAGAGCAGAAGGAGAGAUGGAAAGAGCAGUAGGAGAGAUGGAAAGAGCAGUAGGAGAGAUGGAAAGAGCAGAAGGAGAGAUGGAAAGAGCAGUAGGAGAGAUGGAAAGAGCAGAAGGAAAGAUGGAAAGAGCAGUAGGAGAGAUGGAAAGAGCAGUAGGAGAGAUGGAAAGACUAGCAGGAGAGAUGGAAAGAGCAGUAGGAGAGAUGGAAAGACUAGCAGGAGAGAUGGAAAGACCAGUAGGAGAGAUGGAAAGAGCAGUAGGAGAGAUGGAAAGAGCAGUAGGAGAGAUGGAAAGAGCAGCAGGAGAGAUGGAAAGACCAGUAGGAGAGAUGGAAAGACUAGCAGGAGAGAUGGAAAGACCAGUAGGAGAGAUGGAAAGAGCAGUAGGAGAGAUGGAAAGAGCCGAAGGAGAGAUGGAAAGACCAGCAGGAGAGAUGGAAAGAGCAGUAGGAGAGAUGGAAAGAGCAGUAGGAGAGAUGGAAAGAGCAGUAGGAGAGAUGGAAGGACUAGCAGGAGAGAUGGAAAGAGCAGUAGGAGAGAUGGAAAGACCAGCAGGAGAGAUGGAAAGAGCAGUAGGAGAGAUGGAAAGACUAGCAGGAGAGAUGGAAAGAGCAGUAGGAGAGAUGGAAAGAGCAGUAGGAGAGAUGGAAAGACUAGCAGGAGAGAUGGAAAGAGCAGUAGGAGAGAUGGAAAGAGCAGUAGGAGAGAUGGAAAGACCAGCAGGAGAGAUGGAAAGACUAGCAGGAGAGAUGGAAAGAGCAGUAGGAGAGAUGGAAAGACUAGUAGGAGAGAUGGAAAGAGCAGUAGGAGAGAUGGAAAGAGCAGUAGGAGAGAUGGAAAGAGCAGUAGGAGAGAUGGGAAGACUAGCAGGAGAGAUGGAAAGACCAGUAGUAGAGAUGGAAAGAGCAGUAGUAGAGAUGGAAAGACCAGUAGUAGAGAUGGGAAGACCAGUAGGAGAGUGCCGUCUAGAAGCAGUUAUACUACUUUGUAUAUAG